AUGUGGCGGGGAGUCCCGGGCUGCCUACAGGAUCUUGUGCGGUGGCAGGUGGCGCUCUGGUCCCACAGCUUUGUCCGGACUUGGGGUAGCUGUGGGAAGGCGAUGACUGAGGCACUCUCUGCGCAAGCCGAGGCAGCGGGCGGGCUGAAGGCUUUGGUUCAGCAAAAUGGAGAUGCUGGUAGUGACACGAGCGCAGUGCCACUGCUGGAGCGCCUGGAGCCGGCGGCGGUAGGGAAACAGAUCCCGGAGGGCGGGGAGCAGGGCCAGGGAGGCGAAGAGCAGCUCCCUGGCAGCGGGGAGCAGGCCCCAGCUCCAGUCGCCGACUCAAGCAAGAGGAAAAAGCGGAGGGGCGCCACUGGGGAGCGGGUCGUGCCGCCCCCGAAGAAACGGCGGACUGGGGUGAGCUUUAGCGAUGAGCACUUUGCAGAGACUACCUACUACUUCGAGGGCGGCCUGCGCAAGGUGCGGCCCUAUUACUUUGACUUCCAGACUUACUGUAAAGGUCGCUGGGUGGGCCGCAGCUUGUUGCACGUCUUCAGCACCGAGUUCCGAUCCCAGCCACUGGCUUACUACGAGGCCGCUGUCCGAGCAGGACGCCUGCAUCUCAACGAGGAACCAGUCCAGGACCUCAGCAUCGUGCUCAAGGACAAUGAUUUCUUGCGGAACACAGUACACAGACAUGAGCCACCAGUCACAGCAGAGCCCAUCCGCCUGCUAGCCGAGAACAAUGACGUGGUUGUUAUAGACAAGCCGUCCUCCAUUCCUGUGCACCCCUGUGGCCGCUUCAGACACAACACGGUCAUCUUCAUCCUAGGCAAGGAGCAUCAGCUAAAGGAGCUCCACCCAUUGCAUCGGCUCGACCGCCUCACCUCAGGAGUGCUCAUGUUUGCCAAGACAGCUGCCGUCUCCGAGAAGAUCCACGAGCAGGUUCGGGAUCGGCAGCUGGAGAAGGAGUAUGUGUGCCGGGUUGCAGGGGAGUUCCCUGACAAGGAGGUAAUUUGUAAGGAACCCAUCUUAGUGGUGUCUUACAAGGUAGGAGUGUGCCGUGUGGAUCCCCGGGGCAAGCCUUGUGAGACCGUGUUCCAGAGGCUGAGCUACAAUGGCCGCUCCAGUGUGGUACAGUGCCGACCACUUACAGGUCGUACUCACCAGAUCCGCGUCCACCUCCAGUUCCUGGGCCACCCCAUUCUCAAUGACCCCAUCUACAAUUCAACUGCCUGGGGUCCUUCUCGAGGCCAGGGAGGCCACAUUCCAAAGACGGACGAGGAACUGCUCCGAGACCUGGUUGCAGAACAUCAGGCCAAAGAAAGCCUGAGUAUGCUAGAUCUCUGUGAGGGUGACCUGGCCCCAGGGCUCAUAGACUCGACAGCUCCCUCUUCAGACAGCCUGGAAGGGUUGGCUACAGCAGCCCAGAAGAUAGAUGGAGUAGCUGAGGCAGCCUCUCAGCAUCUGGACACACCAGAGAAGGCAGCUAAAGCAGAUGUGAAUCAAGAAACAGACCCGCUCUGUGCCGAGUGCCGGGUGUUGCGACAGGACCCCUUGCCCCAGGAUCUUGUCAUGUUCCUGCAUGCCCUCCGCUAUAAAGGCCCGGACUUUGAGUACAUCUCACCCAUCCCAGCCUGGGCACAGGAUGACUGGCAAGAAGACUGAGGGAUGUGGCCAUUGGAAGAAUGGCAUCUCGGGUUGGAACAAGGAUGGACCUUGAGGCAGGGACUGCUCCCAUUGCUUGAUACUCAGGGUUUGGCGAAGAGCGAGGUUCCACUGUAAGGAACCUGUUUGUUCUUGCUGCCUACCUCCUUCCUUCUGGCUUGUUUGGGGUCACAGAUCUGUACAGAUAUCAUUUUUUUUUAACAUCUUAUAUGUCCAUUUUUAUUGGUUUCUUACACUCCAUCCCCUCUUCCCCAGUGCUUAGGAUAAAAUGUAGGUCCGUUAGAAGGCAAGUGCUGCACAGCUGAGCUCCAUCUGAGUUUCGCUAGCUCAGGCCGAUCUUGAACCCUGAAUCCUCCUGCUCUGCCAUACAAGGCAUGAAGCACCAUGCCUUCCUUUUUUUAAAAAAUGAGAUAAAAUUCAUAGAGCAUAAAACCACUUUAAGAUAAACACUGUUGGUAUUUAUUAUGUUUACAGACUUGAACAACCUUAUCUCAAGAUUUCUCAUUUCUCAUUCCUUUUUGUUGUUGUUUGGUUUUCCGAGACAGGGUUUCUCUGUGUAGCCCUGGCUGUCCUGGAGCUCACUCUGUAGAUCAGGCUGGCCUCGAACUCAGAAAUCCACCUGCCUCUGCCUCCUGAGUGCUGGGAUCACAGGCGUGCGCCACCACCACCUGGCAUAUUUCUCAUUCCUAAAGGGAAUCUGUACCUGUUAAGCACAUUCUUCUCUAUCUCUCUUAACUCCUGGUAAACUGUUUAUUCUUUAUUCCACAGGAAUGGACUCAGACAAUCUGUGUCCUUUUCUUUUUUCUUUUCUUUGUUGUUGUUGUUGUUGUUGUAUGUUUGUUUCUCUGUUCUUGCUCUGUAGACCAGACUGGUCUUGAACUCACAGAGAUCCAUCUGCCUCUGUUUUAAGACUUAUUUAUUUAUUAUAUGUAAGUACACUGUAGCUGUCUUCAGAUACCAGAAGAACUAUGUGGGUGCCAGGAUUUGAACUCAUGACCUUUGAAAGAGCAGUCAGUGCUCUUACCCGCUGAAUCAUUUAUCUCUCCAGCCUUAGCUCUGUCUCCUGAGUGCUGGGAUUCAAGGAGUGUGCUACUACCCCCAGCCACUUAACACUUAUUUUUUUCUGUUUUUUUUUUUUUUUGUUGUUGUUGUUGUUUUUGAUUUUGGUUUUUUCAAGACAGGGUUUCUCUGUAUAGCCCUGGCUGUCCUGGAACUCACUCUGUAGACCGGUCUGGCGUCGAACUCAGAAAUCUGCCUGUCUCAUUUUACAGGCAGAUUUACAGAUUACAGGCGUGCGCCACCACCGCCUGGCUCACUUAUUCUUUUCGGUGUGUUCUAAUCAUAUUUCUCCUAGUACAUGUAAAGUAAUCUCUCAAAGUAGAAUAUACUCUUUUUGUUGUGUUGUUUA